AUGGAUGUUGAACAAAGACCAAGCAAUGAUAACUCUCUCACUCUCAACCUCGAACAUGAUCAACAACAUGGUACCUUAAAUGAUUCUUAUGAUGUUUCUACUGCUCAUACCAUUGACCAAGAUUCAUGGCAACAAGUGGGGUUGAUGUUGGUGACGGGAUUCAAUUGCGGUUGGAUAUUCAGUUUCUCGAACUUGAUUAUGGUUCCACUUGGUUGGACUUGGGGUGUUAUAUUGCUUUUUGUUGUUGGAUUAUACACAGCUUAUGCUAACUGGCUCUUGGCAGCGUUUCAUUUCAUUGAUGGACGGAGAUUCAUCAGAUACAGAGAUCUCAUGGGAUUUGUUUAUGGAAAGAAGAUGUAUCACCUAACGUGGAUUUCUCAGUUUUUGACCCUUUUACUUGGAAACAUGGGUUUCAUUCUCCUUGGAGGCAAAGCACUUAAGGAAAUAAACUCAGAAUUUAGUGAUUCUCCAUUAAGGCUUCAAUACUUCAUAGUAAUCACAGGAGUAGCAUAUCUCAUAUUUUCCUUCUCCAUUCCAACAUUAUCUUCAAUGAGAAACUGGCUCGGAGUCUCUGCGGUUGUCACCACCGCAUACAUAGCAUUUCUUCUCGCCGUUGCAGUCAAAGAUGGUAAAUCAAAUCCUAACAAAGAUUUCACCAUUAGUGGAAGCAAAGUGAACAAGGUGUUCAAUAGCUUUGGAGCCAUUUCUGCCAUCAUUGUUACCAACACUAGUGGCAUGCUUCCUGAAAUACAGUCAACUUUACGUAAACCAGCAGUGAAGAACAUGAGAAAAGCAUUGUUCUCACAAUAUACAGUGGGAGCAUUGUUCUAUUAUGGUGUUACUGUAAUUGGGUAUUGGGCUUAUGGAUCAAUGGUUUCUUCAUAUCUUCCUGAAAAUUUAAGUGGACCAAGAUGGAUCAAUGUCAUUGUUAAUGUCAUCGUUUUUCUACAAUCCGUAGUUUCUCAACAUAUGUUUGUGGCACCAAUUCAUGAAGCUAUGGACACUAGAUUUCUAGAAAUCGGCAAAGGCUCAUUUUCACUUGUUCCCCUAACCUUUAUGUUCCCAAGCAUGAUUUUUCUUAAGGUAAAGGGAAAGACAGCUAGAACAAAGAAGAAGGCAUGGCAUUGGAUCAAUAUUGUAUUUUCAUUUCUACUUACAAUAGCAACAACAAUUUCAGCUCUUCGUUUCAUAAUCAACAACAUCCAAAAGUAUCAGUUCUUCGCUGAUGCAUGA